AUGUCGGCGACGACUUCGUCCUCUGCCGCCAAGGCCACGCAGGCCGAUCACUUUCCCGAUGGCACUGCCGACUACGUUCCUGUGCGUGCCUCCAAGGCCUACGACACCAAGAAGCCUCACAUCUCGACCCAGCCUGUCACUCUGGCCAACUGGCACAAGCACGUCAACUGGCUCAACACCACCUUCAUUCUGAUCAUUCCCUUGGUCGGAUUCAUCAGUUCCUACUGGAUCCCUCUGACGUGGAAGACGGCCGUGUUCGCUGUCGUCUAUUACUUCAAUACUGGCCUCGGCAUCACUGCUGGAUACCAUCGCCUCUGGGCUCACCGUUCUUACAAGGCCAGCCUUCCCCUCAGAAUCUACCUUGCUGCUGUUGGCGCCGGCGCCGUCGAAGGCUCUAUCCGAUGGUGGUCCCACGGUCACCGCGCUCACCACCGAUACACCGAUACCGACAAGGACCCCUACUCUGUUCGAAAGGGUCUCCUCUACAGCCACAUCGGCUGGAUGGUUUUGAAACAGGAUCCCAAGCGUAUGGGCCGAACCGAUAUCACCGAUCUCAACGAGGACCCUGUCGUCAUGUGGCAGCACGUUCACUUCAUCAAGUGUGUCAUCGGCAUGGGUAUCAUCUUCCCUACUCUUGUCUGCGGCCUGGGCUGGGGUGACUGGCUCGGCGGAUACGUCUACGGCGGUAUCCUCCGCAUUUUCGUCGUCCAGCAGGCCACCUUCUGCGUCAACUCCUUGGCCCACUGGCUCGGUGACCAGCCCUUCGACGACCGCAACUCGCCUCGUGACCAUGUCAUCACUGCUCUCGUUACCCUCGGCGAGGGAUACCACAACUUCCACCACGAGUUCCCCUCCGACUACCGCAACGCUAUUCAGUGGUGGCAGUACGACCCCACCAAGUGGUGCAUCUGGACUUGGAAGCAACUCGGCCUCGCAUCUGACCUCAAGCAAUUCCGCCAGAAUGAGAUUGAGAAGGGACGUGUUCAGCAGCUCCAGAAGAAGCUCGACCAGAAGCGCGCGAAGCUUGACUGGGGUGUUCCUCUUGAGCAGUUGCCCGUCAUUGACUGGGAUGACUUCGUUUCGCAGGCCAAGAAUGGCAGGGGUCUCGUUGCCAUUGCCGGUGUUAUCCACGAUGUGACUGACUUCAUCAAGGAGCACCCAGGUGGCAAGGCUCUCAUCUCCUCCGCUGUCGGCAAGGAUGCCACCGCAAUCUUCAACGGCGGUGUCUAUCUCCACUCCAACGCCGCUCACAACCUUCUUUCCACCAUGCGCGUUGGUGUCCUCCGCGGUGGUUGCGAGGUUGAGAUUUGGAAGCGUGCCCAGUACGAAAACAAGGACAUGACAUAUGUCACCGACUCGAGCGGCCAGCGUAUCGUCCGUGCUGGUGAUCAGCUUACCCGCGUGUCGAUGCCUGCCGCCAGCGCCGACGCUGCAUGA